UUCAUUGGGAGCUAGGGCCGCGCGGGCGGGCCGGCGCCGCAGAUCUAAAGCGGCAGCGGGGAGCUGUGGGCCGCCGCUGCGCUGCCUCGCCGCUUGCCCGAGCCCCCUGGCUGGGCCCAAACAGGAAGAUGGAGUGUCAAAAAAUUACCAAUUUUGGAAACCAGCUUCUUCGUCGGAAAAAUGUGGACUGCACUCGAGAAGACAGUCGCCUCUCGCGAUGCCUUAACACAUUUGACUUGGUGGCUCUGGGUGUAGGCAGCACUUUGGGUGCAGGUGUCUAUGUACUGGCUGGAGCUGUGGCACGGGAAAAUGCAGGACCUGCCAUCGUUAUCUCCUUCUUGAUUGCCGCCUUGGCCUCAGUGCUGGCCGGACUCUGCUAUGGAGAAUUCGGUGCUCGAGUUCCUAAGACGGGAUCAGCUUAUCUCUACAGCUACGUGACUGUGGGUGAGCUGUGGGCCUUCAUCACAGGGUGGAAUCUAAUCCUCUCCUAUGUUAUUGGAACCUCAAGUGUGGCCAGAGCUUGGAGCGCAACGUUUGAUGAAAUCAUAGGGCAGCACAUUGAAAAAUUUUGUAUUAAAUACAUGACGAUGGAUGCUCCCGGAGUGCUAGCAAAAUACCCAGACAUCUUUGCUGUGGUGAUAAUCAUCAUCCUAACAGGGCUUUUAGCUUUUGGUGUGAAAGAAUCUGCCCUGGUGAACAAAGUGUUCACCUGCAUCAACGUCCUUGUCCUUGGAUUUGUCAUGAUCUCCGGCUUUGUGAAAGGAUCUGUUAAAAACUGGAACCUGACUGAACAGGACAUUUACAACACCAGCCACAGCAUUUUCAAAGACAAUCAAACACAGGAAGAAAAGCUCUACGGUGUUGGAGGGUUUAUGCCCUAUGGAUGGAAAGGAGUUCUCUCAGGGGCAGCCACGUGUUUUUAUGCUUUUGUGGGAUUUGACUGUAUUGCUACUACAGGUGAGGAGGUAAAAAACCCUCAGAAGGCCAUUCCUAUUGGCAUUGUGGCAUCUCUUCUCAUCUGCUUUGUGGCUUAUUUUGGCGUGUCGGCUGCCCUGACGCUCAUGAUGCCUUAUUACCAGCUGGAUACCAAUAGCCCUUUACCCAAUGCCUUUAAAUAUGUGGGUUGGGAUGGAGCCAAUUAUGCAGUGGCUGUCGGUUCCUUGUGUGCACUUUCUACGAGUCUCCUUGGCUCCAUGUUUCCGAUGCCUCGAAUAAUUUAUGCUAUGGCAGAAGAUGGACUUCUCUUUAAAUUUUUGGCUAAAGUCAACGAGAAGAGGAAAACUCCCUUAGUUGCAACAGUGACAUCAGGAGCUACUGCAGCUGUUAUGGCCUUUCUCUUUGACUUGAAAGAUCUUGUGGACCUCAUGUCCAUCGGGACCCUCCUGGCUUACUCCUUGGUAGCAGCCUGUGUGUUGGUACUGAGGUACCAGCCUGAGCAGCCUAAUUUGGCAUACCAGAUGGCUAGGUCAACAGAGGAGACGGAUAACAACGAGUCUGUGAGCACCAGUGAAUCGCAGGCUGGGUUUCUGCCGGAGGAAGAGGAGAAGUUUUCCAUCAAAGCCAUACUGUGUUCCACAGAUUCAGAUCCUUCCAAAUUCUCUGGUUUGGUGGUGAACGUCUCAACCUUCAUCAUUGGUUUCCUUAUUGUGGGUAUCUGUAUCCUGACUUCCCUUGAGCCAAACAUUCUGAUAAACACUGUACAGAUUAUUGCUGCCAUCCUUGUUGUCACUAUCAUCUUCAUUAUACGGAAACAGCCUGAAAGCAAAACCAAACUCUCCUUUAAGGUACCUUUUUUGCCCUUUCUUCCUGUUGGGAGUAUUUUUGUGAAUGUUUACCUCAUGAUGCAGCUAGAUGCAGGCACAUGGAUUCGGUUUGCAAUCUGGAUGCUCCUAGGCUUUAUCAUCUACUUUACCUAUGGAAUAUGGCAUAGUGUGGAAGCCAGCUACGCAGCCUCAGCAGAAGUGGAGAGAAACACAGACACUGGCUCAGACAGCUGUAAAUGACUGUUUGGCUUAUGGGCGACUGAAAGAAUGGCUGCAGUGAAAGAAACUUUGUGGUGGGCAUCCCGAACCAGAUGACACCUGUAAUCAGUUAUGCAGGAAUAAGGAAGUGGAAUGCAGGCCUCCCCAACUCAGUUACUGCAGCCUGCAGUUUGUUUAGCAGCACAGUUAAAAGGGACCACAAGAUAAAAAGACACAACUCUGGCAUAUUCCCAGCAGCACUGGCAGCUCAUCUGGGGCUCUUCCCUCUCUCCCUCUCCUGUUUUGUUUUUUUUCCCAGCGGUGUGUAGAAAGAGAACUGCUUCUGUGUGCAAAUGCUGCUAAGAAACCAGGCCUCACAAAUGUCCUUCUUUCAGUAGUCCCGGGAAUUACCUCCCCACAGAUAUUCUACUUGAUUAUACAUGGAGCAGAUUUUGCAGUGCUACUGUCAGGCAUAGGCCAGGAUCCAUCCUUCACCCUAUAUGAGCUGUACCCUCUGUAUACAAACAGAAAAAAACAAAAGGUUCUCACCAAACACUAUAUUUCACCAGGCUAACAAAGCACCUGCAAGAUUUGCCUUCUUUAAAGUAUCAGGUCUUACCUUUUUUUGUUUUAUUUAACUGGGUUUUUUAGCUACAUGCUCACGUGCUUUAAAGCACGUCACUGCUGUGAAACAUUGGCAAGGUUUGUGGUCACUGAUUGUCAGGUGAGUGAUUGCUUGCCAGCACACAGGUAACACCAGCAGGUGAUUCUCCCAACUGUAUGCUCCACAGAGGAAUUUCCAACUUUAGUCAGGAAACCCUGUGGUGCAAGUACUGCAAAGGCUUGAAAACAACGGGUGUCUCCAAAGAGCAGUUCUGCCUCUUUGCCUCAGAAAUCACCAGUGGUGUGGCUGUAGUGGUGGGGGUGGCCAGCAGAACUGAGCUAGCUGUGACAGAAAGUGGAGCCCUCUGUUCCUCCCCCCACAUCAGUUUUGUGUGCUGGCUGCCUGGCAUUAGCAACUUUGGUUUGGCAUUGGUGGGUGGGGCACAUUUCUGCCCUGCAAAGGGAAGCACGGGAGCAUCCUCAGGGACACGAGGUUCUUACAUGAGCAAUGCCUGCUGUCUGCCCCCUGCCCAGGGGAAGCUGUGGUGCUGUGUACAGGCUUCUCAGUCCUGGCAGAGCCUGCAGCCCAGAAAACACCAUUAAGCUCUAGGGUCUGAUUUGCUGCGGGGAGCUUUCCCUUUGGGGCUGGAGAUCGUCUCCAGAGCUUGCCUGUAGUGAAAGGUGGGAAACUUGGAGUUGAGACCAGAGUCUGUAUUUGAUUGGCAAUGCCUUGGUUUGGGCUGUAAGGUGAUUUUUUGUUUUAAUUCUCUCUAAUAGCUUUCCCUAGCCAAAUUAAUCCAUUACCCUAAAAAGGCUUAUUAAAGCACCGUGAAGGUGAGCCAUGACCAAGUAAUGCCAUUGAUCUAAAUUAACACUUCAGCUUGUACUGAAAAACAAAUCAUAGAAUUGUGGAAUGGUUUGGGUUGGAAAGAGGCCUUUGAAGAUCAUUUGGUCCAGCUUAUCUGACAUCAACGGACAUCUUUAACUCGAUCAGGUUGCUCAAAACUCCAUCUAACCUGCUCUCAAAUACUUCUGGGGUCAGAGCAUCCCAGAUAGAUGCUGCAGAAAUCCCCUUUCCCGAUGUGAGUGGAUGCUUUCCUAGGUGUCCUUCAUACUACUGCCUCUGAACACUGGACAAUCUUUAAUUUGUUUGUCAGCAUGGCUCUUGCUGAUGAAGCAACAGGCUUUUGUACCUGUCAAUGAGCUGGAGAACUGAACAAACUGAACAGACCCCUGCAUGACUUGCCCAGGGUCUCACCAGGCAUUUGAUGCAGCAGAAGGGGGAAUCAGACUAUCUCCUGGAUUACAUGGUUGGAUUUUGGACCAUUUCUUAUGUUUCCAAGAGACUUUAUAGCUUUUCUGCCUACUGAAGGGUUUUAAUCUUUUAAUUCUAGUACACUGGGAGGCUUUUCUUGUCAGGAUUGGAAUUUGAGGAAGUGAAGGCAGUGUGUUCAUUGCCUCUGAUGUGCACUUCAGGGUGUGUUGAGUGCACCUUCCCCCACAGAAUGAAGUUGGGGGCCUGCUCCAGUCGCUGCGUCUUGACCAUCCACCACGCCUUUGCUCCUUGUGCAUAUGCAAAGUCUUAUUCAAGCAGGGAGAGACGAAUAUAGAAAUUAAAAGCCAUUAAGUUGAAGUCUAUUUUUUUAAACACAGGCAAGGUCAACACACUCCACAGCUUCCCAAAAGGCACUGUAAAUGUGGUGGGAGGGCAACAUGAUGAAAACUCAGACAGGAUCAAAGUCUCAUAUUGUACUAAAAAUAUAAGGAUGUUUUUCCUACCUGGCUACCAGCUUCUGUUCAAUGAAAACAUGAAGCUUGUGUCCUUGCCAAAGCUCAUCUGUGCUGAGCAAGCCUGGUGAAAAGUCUUUCAGGAGGAUGUUGUCAGGCACAUUCCCAAGGUGGUAUAUGACCUGGUCCCUUUUUAAUCCUUGUGCCAAAGCCUGAGAAGUUCUGUGGCUCUCAGCAGGAGGGCAAGGUGAAGAGGGCAGGGGAUGGGAUGUUGAAACUGAGUGAACUGGAACAUUGGGGAGUUCAGGUGUUUGCUGAUGAGCCUGAAUCACUGGCAGAAAUGUUUCCAUUACCAUAUGCUACAGCAUGGCACUUUAAUAGAAACAUUGUAGACCACAGUCACUGUUCUGGGAGCCCCAGUAAUAUGGGAAGCAUCCUAGAAAAUGAGUCCAUGGAAACUCAUAGCAUGUGAGCCUUUGUUACAUAACGCAGCUGACCAGCCCUGCUGCCAGGAGGCUUCUUUACCUUAGUGGGGUAACCCUCUAAUGCAGGGGGUUUUGCUUUGUUUCCCAUUCAUCCCAGUUUCUGUGUACACAGAAAACACGGCAGGACCUGCUGAUCUGUAUGCGUCAGCCCACAGGUGCACUGGCGCACGGAUUUAUUAUCAGGAAUAUAUUACACUUAUCUGUACAUCAUACUUGAAAUAAUACAAACUCUUCCUGUAACCAUUAGCCACAUAAUAAACGGGACCACAGAACUCCUGCUGCAUGGGAAACUGUACAGAGGCUCCUCAGAGUGUCCAUGGGACACAACCACCAUCAGUGCAGAGACAAAAUACCUGAUUUUGCACUUGAUAGUUUUUCCUUUCCUCCCCCCUGCCACCACUACAAGCCUUUGCUGCUGUGCAUCAACUGAGUUGACCCAUCUGUGCCAGCAGUCACUGGAGUCCCAGUAGGGUGAAAUGGUACCUUCCCACAAUAAAAAGGAGUUUUCCAUGCCCCCUGCUUGCUACUGGCUCUCCUGCCAUCCCAUGGCUGAUACCUGCUCCCAGUGCUCUUCUCUAGAACCCCUUGGGAGCAGCUGUAGACUGGUUUUAUUGCUGCUACACUCUUCUGCAUUGAGUAAAGAUUAACAAAAUCAAACUGCUUCCUUAAAGACACAGUUAUAAAACCCUUUCUCCUUAGCGCUGGCUACAUUCCCUCUACUGCCAAAGGCCAUCCUGUUUCUAAAUGGGAAAGUCCUCACAGUGGCCAUGGCGUUGGGGAAGUUUCCAGCCCUGCAAAAGCAAACACUUCCCCGUGCUUGUCUUUGAACAGGGAUGGCCAAGGUGCAUGGACUAGAGCUACGGCCCCAUCCGUGCUGGGAAUGCUGAGCUCACCUGGCAUGGUUGGAACUCCCUGGCAAGAGCAGGGCUUACCAGCUUGGCGAUGCAUCCAGGGAUCUUCAUUCCCUGGGAUUGGCUGCCCCAUUAAGGGGCUGGUCCCUUCCUCCCACUGUCCGAGUGACCUGGGCUUUUCUUUUGCACCUACUUCAGAGGCGAAGAAAGGACAGAAGAAAAGUAUAAAAAAGGAAUAAUCUUUUUUCUGGAAAAAAGUCUGUUUCUGGGCAUGCACCAGAAGGAGCCACUCUUCACACUCCCCACAAGGACGGGUUGCUGGGUCCCUCUGGUUAGGCAGAACUUCCUGCAGCUUUGCUAGUGAUUGGCCAGGCCCCAGAGGGUGUGUCAAGGAAGAAUCCAGUGAGAGGCAGGAUUGGGAGGCAAAAAAUCAGAUGGGAAAGGGACUGGCAAUGAUACCAAAUGAUGAAGGAGCUGGGUUCAGUCCCAGUUUUCCCACUGUAAAAGCCCCACUCCCAAUUCACUGCUGGAAGCAUCUCUUGAAUAUGAGUUUAAACCAACAAAGUAAUAAGGAAAGCACCAGAUAUAAAGGGGAAAGUAUGAAUAAAUUACAACAGGUCUGGCCAGACUGUCCUGGGUCAAUAAUAUGCUUUAGUGCAUUUAGAGUAGCAUCAAGGUAACAACUCCAGUUUACAUCUCAACUAUUUUUACAAAGGGUAAAAAAGGAGAAUCCUAGAAACUACCAACAAGUCACUGACUAAUCUGAUGGUGUUCUGCAGUGGUGUGACUGUGUUGGUGAGUGAGGGAUGAGCAACUGAUGUCAUCUACCUGGACUCUGCAAGGCCUUUGACAUAGUCCCACACAGCAUCCUGAACUGGGGAGACAUGGCUUUGAUGGAUAGAAGCUGGAUAUGGAAUUGGCUGGAUGGUUGCAUCCAGAACAGCUCAGUGUCCAAAUGGCAAUCAGUAAGAAGUGGUGUCCCUCAGGGGUCAGUAUUGGGACUGGUACUGUGUAAUACCUUAAAUGACACAGACAGUGGGGUCAAGUGCAUCCACAGCAAGUUUGUGGGUUGACACCAAAGCGAGUGGUUCAGUUGGCACACUGGAAGGAGGGGAUGCCAUCCAGGGGAAUCUGGACAGGCUUGAGAGGUGGGGGCCAUAUGAACAUCGUGAGGUUCAACGAGACCAAAUGCAAGGACCUGCACCUAGGUUGGGGCAGCCCUUGGUAUGAAUACAGGCUGGGGAUAAAGAGACUGAGAACAGCCCCUCUGAGAAGGACUUGGAAAUACUGGGGGAUGAGAGGCUGGACAUGAACCAGCAAUGGGGUGCUCAAAGCCCAGAAAGUCAAUUGUAUCCUGGGCUGCAUCCAAAGCAGUGUGGCCAGCAGGGAAGGGAGGGGAUUCUGCCCUUCUACUCCACUCUUGUGAGACCCAACCUGGAGUACUACUUCCAGCUCUGGGGAUAGAAGGGCAUGGACAUCUUGGAGUGGGUCUAGAGGAGGGACACAAAGGUCUUAAAGGGCUGGAGCACCACUUCUAUAGAGACAGGCUGAGACACUUGGAGUUGUUCAACCUGGAGAAGAGAAGGCUCAGGGGAGAUCUUUUAGCAGCCUUCCAGAACCUCAAGGGGGCCUAUAAGAAAAAUGGAGAGAGACUUUAUACCAGGGCCUGUAGUGGUAGGACAAGGGACAACAGUUUUAAAUGGAAAGAGGACAGGUUUAGAUUGGACAUAAGGAAGAGAAAUUUUACAAUGAGAGUGGUAGGAUACUGGAACAGAUUGCCCAGAGAAGUUUGGAUUCCCCAUUCCUGGAAGUGUUCAAGGGCAGGUUGGAUGAAGCUCUGAACAACCUGGUCUAGUGGAAAGUGUCCCUGCCCAUGGCACUGGGGACUGGACUAGAUAAGUCUUAAAGUUCUCUUCUAACCCGAAUCCAUCCUAUGAGUCUGUGAUCUCACUGUAUCAGAAUUACUGGAUUCUGAUGUUCUAUAUUCUAAUCAGAAUUGGUGGAAUAAGAGAUGACAAUGCUGUAGGUGUUGCAAAUAGCUGUGCAGUUAGCAAGUAUCAAAAUUAUUAAAGUUGUACUUGGCAAGAGGGGGCUUUGUGUGCAUGUGCGUGCUAGGUAUCUAUCUUUCAGGUUGUACUUGCUGGACACACUAAAAUCUAGCAAUGCAUUCCAACAGUAGUAGCUGGUGUGGCAUGAUCUAUUCUAACAAGAUGCUCAAUUUACUCAGUAUCACAGUACCAUGCAAAAGCUGCUACAAAAAUAAAUUUCUCUAAAAAGGAGAAAAAAAAUCAUCUUUCUUUUUAACACUGUGGAACAAGCCACAGGUGCUUUGAUGGUUGUUGGAGCUGUAUCUAAGCUGCAGUCUGUGAAUCCUGAGUAUUUCCCAGGAAAGCUGAAGCACAGCUCCCACUCAAGCAAGAUGGAAGGGCUGUGCAAUGGCACCCCUGUGGGUGCAAGACCUGCUGGUGCCACCACACCAGGUGAGAAAGCGACCCUCCCUGCAGCACUCCUGCACCUCAGGGAUUUCUUCCAGGUACUGUCGCUCUGCUAACUUUGACCCCAGUGCACAGAGCAGGCCUGCAUGCAGGCUCUUUGACCUAAGCUGGGUAGAAAAGCAUCCCACAGAUCUCUUUGUUUUUUGAAAUUAUGCUCAGGGAUAUUUUUAUCUUGUUAGCAAUGCCCAUGAGGGCCCUGCAGACAGCUUCACCCCAACUACUCCUCGGCCUCACCAUCCCCUCAGGUGGGAGGUCACCCCAAGCCUGGGUGAACAUUUUUGCUUCUAGAUGGGAAAGUUAAAGGUAGUUUAGCCACUCAUUUCCAUGAAUCUUCAAAGUGCUCUGUAACUCUGGGUAAGCUGUAGCAAUGUGAAAUAAUGCAGAUGUGUGGAAGGAAAGAAAUUUUGACCUCAUCUGCACCUAUGAAGUUGGCUAUGCUCUAUUUGGCAUUUGAGGUGGAAGGAAGCUAGAGCCCUAGUAAAUGCCCAGGAUCUCAUCUUACUAUUGGAAAACUCUCAUCUGGCAAAGGCCAAGGAUAAACAACUUACUUUCUCCUUGCUUCUGGGACUUGAAAUAAAACAAAAUGGACAGAAACCUACAGCCAGAGAUUUUGAUUGCAUCCUAACCACGACAAGGUAAAACAAGGUAAGAUCUGACUAGGAUUGAAAUAAAGACACAAAAGUUGAACCAUGUUAACCAGUAACCUCUACCAAAUUUGCUAAAACUCUCAGUUUUCUCAUCUCUAGCCUAUCUCCACUUACAAUAUCAAUGCUAGGAGUUAAAAAGCAGUGGAUGGUAUGCAUAUAUUUUCUGGUGUUCAAUGCAAAGGUGAUGGUUUCAAAGGCAGUACUGUCUUAGAAUUUCAAAUUCGCUGGUGUUCAUGUUACAUAGAGUACCACUUGGUGGUCACUUGGAAGGCGCUUCUACUUCGGUUUAACUUUCUUCUAGGUUGGGUAUAAAUAUUCCUGGGAGGCUAAACAGAAAUGCAUUUUGUUUAGAUACAAGUCUUAGGCACGAGUUAGAAAACUGCUGACUGUAAUGAAAAUAUAUCAGCACUUAGUAGUAUCCAAUAAUAUAAAAAAUGUAAUUCAGAACAUCUGCAACUACAUAGAUAUGUGUGUGCGUCUAUAUAUAGGUAUAAAGGUACAAUACGUACAUGUAUAUAAACACAGACACAUAUACAGAAAUAUUCACAACUUGAACUAUAUUUGUAACUAACCUGAAAUACUGCAGCAAAAGUUCAUUCUGAUGAACCACUAAUAGAGCAUUUCCCAACUUUUGGCUCUAGCCAUACUUAAAAUGUUCACACAUCAAACUAAACCUUUUGCUAUCCUAA